AAUUUUUUUUAAGUACUGUAUUAAAUAAAACGCCAAGUGAGUUAACGUUUUAUAUUAGAUUUACACCAAAAUCGCUGUUUUAAGUGGCGGUUCUAGAAAAAAAAAAAGAAUUCUCUUACCGGUCCUACGUGUACAGUAGAUAGAGAAUUUUCCCCUAAAUUAUAAAUUAUUUUCCUAAAUUACAAUAUCUUAGGAAAAGAUUCAACAAUACGUUGGUAGAAAUUUUGUCUUUAUUACUUCAAAUCAAUCAAGUGAAUUUAGAUAAACUCUUCGCCAUUUUCUACUGAAUUCGAAAUAAUGACAAGGUAUUGAUAAUGGUGGUUUAGAUCUUGAGGCUGGUUUGAAUGAGAAUGAGAGUGAUGGAGAUGAUGAUGAAGGUAUGCCUAUCUUUGAGGCUUCUUCUCAAUCAAGUUUCUCAAAACGUUGUGAAUCUGUAAACACAAUGGCAUCUUUUCUUUGGUGGAUAGUUGGCUUCUGUUGGGUUGUUUCUGGUGGUGAACAGCUAUUACAAGAUGCCCCACGGUUGUAUCGGCUAACUGUUUUCUAUCUGGCACCUGAUGUUUUCUUUGCCAUAUUUUGUGUUGUCUUGGUCUGUUUGAUAGGGAUUGCCCUAUGUUGCUGUUUGCCAUGCAUUAUAGCACUUCUUUAUACAGUUGCUGGGCAAAAAGCUGCCUUGGAAGCCGAUCUUAGUGUACUCCCGAAAUAUAGAUUUCAGAUGUUAAAUAAUGAUGAAAAACCUAGUGUGGGAGCUGGGGUGAUGGUGUCAGUAGAGACUGGCUGUGGAUAUGUGGCAACUGAACGCGUUCUUUUAUCUGAAGAUGCACAAUCAUUCUUUAUUGAAGCUAUUCAGCUGUUCCCACUGAAUGUUCCCGCGUCAGCCUGUUUAUUUCGGAUUGGGUUCAAAUUUCACGUACUUGAUGAAAGAAAGAUCUGUCGGUAUCCUUUCGUUUUUCUUUCGAUUACACAAGUUAUUUAA